AGCAGCCAAGCCUUGCGGCUACAAUCUGAAAGUUCAGAGGGAGGAAUCUGAGGCUUGAUAGCAUCAAAUACACACCUCCCGAUUCCCCCAGUUUUCAUCAACGGCUUCCUUUUCACCAUUCCGGGCGGACCGACGAUACUACCCUACCGAAUAUAAGCCUCUACGAAGCUUCUGUAACCCCUCACAAUGUCGCUGCAGAUUCCCUCCGCCCCCGGGAGUGGACUCUUCAAGGCCGGAUACCAAAACUAUUCGAGCGAAGAUGGUGCCGUGAUCAGAAACAUCGAUGCGUGCCAGGCAAUUGCUUCGACGGUGCAGACAUCACUCGGUCCGUGCGGCAGAAACAAGAUCGUCAUCAAUCAUCUGCAAAAGAUGAUAUUGACAUCCGAUGCCGCGACUAUCUUGAGGGAGCUGGAUGUGGUACAUCCCGCCGCGAAGCUAGUUGUGAUGGCGAGUCAGCAGCAGGAGGCGGAGAUGGGUGAUGCUACGAAUAUGGUGAUCGUGUUGGCCGGCGAGAUGCUCAAGAUGGCCGAGGGUUUGAUCAGGAUUGGAUUGCACCCUUCGGAUAUCGUAGCUGGUUACGAGAAGGCUCAGGAGUUUGCUUUGAAGACUCUGGAAGAACUCGUGGUCGAGAAGGUCGCCGACAUCCGUGAUAUCCAGGAGCUCACCAAGGCCAUCAAGACCGUCGUUGCCUCCAAGCAGCUCGGAAACGAAGAUAUCAUCGCUCCCCUCGUCGCCGAAGCCGUCCUCGCCGUCCUCCCGAAAAACCCCCUCAACUUCAAUGUCGACAACAUCCGUGUCGUCAAGAUCAUGGGUUCGUCCCUGACCGAGAGCAGAGUCGUCAAGGGUAUGGUGUUUCCACGGUCACCCGACGGCUCCGUCAAGAGCGCAACUAAGGCCAAGGUCGGGGUCUUCUCUUGCCCCAUUGACAUCUCCCAGACGGAGACCAAAGGCACAGUGCUGCUCCACAACGCUAAGGAGAUGCUUGACUUUACGAAGGGUGAGGAGGUGCAGCUAGAACAAGCUAUCAAGGAGCUCCACGACUGCGGUUUGAGGGUUGUUGUAGCUGGUUCAACGCUGGGAGAGCUUGCUCUUCAUUACUUGAACAGGUAUGGAAUCCUCGCUAUCAAGGUUCUGAGCAAAUUCGAGCUGCGGCGGUUGUGUCGAGUCGUUGGUGCCACACCAUUGGCCAGACUUGGUGCCCCAAUGCCUGAUGAGAUGGGUUCCAUCGAUAUUGUUGAGACCACGGAGAUCGGUGGUGACCGUGUAACUGUUUUCCGGCAAGAGAACGAGACCACAAAGACUGCGACCAUAGUCAUCCGAGGAGCCACGCAGAACCACCUCGAUGACCUGGAGCGUGCCGUCGACGAUGGUGUCAAUGUUGUCAAGGCCAUCACAAGAGAUGCCCGUCUCGUACCAGGUGCCGGCGCAACCGAGAUGCAGCUCAUCGAACGCAUCGUUGCCUACGGUGAGAAGACUCCCGGUCUUCUUCAGCACGCUAUCAAGAAGUACGGAGAGGCCUUCGAGGUCAUCCCCAGGACACUUGCCGAGAGUGCUGGUCUCGACGCCACCGAGGUUCUGAGUCGGUUGUACGCUGCCCACCACAAGAGGGACGUGUGGACGGCUGGUGUUGACAUUGACGACGAAAAAGGAACCGGUAUGCUCGAUGCCAAGGAGAAGGGUAUUCUUGAUCUGCUUGCUGCAAAGAGCUGUGCUAUCAAGCUAGCAACGGAGGCUGCGAGAACGGUUUUGUCUGUGGACCAGAUCAUCGUAGCGAGACAGGCCGGUGGGCCCAAGCCGCCAGCUCCCAGCAAGAACUGGGAUGAGGAUUAGAGCAGAAACCAGAUAGCAGAUAUUUAAUGGAGUGCCUUUCGUUCAUGGUACUUGUACUUCGAUCCCGAUGCUCAGACGAUGAAUAAGGGCCUGUUCGGGUGUCAGCUGCAUUUUGAAUAUACCACACAAGAUUGAGAUGC